AAGCUCUUGUAAAUAUCAGGUCAAUAUGGUACCGCGGAUACUUCUAACGCAGUAUCAACCGAAGUAUUUAAGCAAUAGUGGAUAUACUUCAGUUAGAUACUUAUUUCAAAAAUUCAAUAGUCGAGCUAAGAAACAACUCGAAAGCUUUAAUAGUAAAGAGGAACCAUUCCAUCAUGAAUAUUCUAUACGACCUGAUACAUAUGCAUUUAAAGUUAGAAAUGAAACUGGUAUACGAAGUAAAAUAGAAAAUAAUGAAAAUGAUAAUGGAAUCCAUCCUCAUCAACAAAAUGAAUUGAAUGAAGAUAAGAAAUUUAAUCCUAUAGAUUUCAUUUAUAGAUAUUCAACUAAUUAUCCAUUUGGAAAUAAAUCACCUCAACAAGUAUAUAAUGAAUAUCCUCGUACAAAUUCAGAUACUUUAGCUAGAUUAAAAAUUAGACCAAAAGGAGUGAAAUUGACUACAUCUAAUUUUAUUGAAGAUUCACUUUAUAAUCCAAAUUAUGGAUAUUUUUCUCAUCAAGUUAAUAUUUAUCAACCUGAUAAACCAUUUGAUUAUAAUAAUAUUCAAGAUAUUGAUGAAUUUAUGGAAACUUGGAAUCAAUCAUAUGCUAAGUAUGAGCAUAUUGAAGCACCAAAUCCUGAACCAAUCCAACAAUUACCUUCAAAAUCUCAAUUACUGUCUACAUCUAAAUAUGUUAAAAGAGCUCAAUUAAUUCAAAAACAAGAAGCUGAAGCUGCACCUCAAGAAUCAAGAUGGUCAUUACAAUUAUGGCAUACCCCAACAGAACUUUUUCAACCUUAUUAUGGUGAAGCAAUUGCUAGAAAUAUAUUAGUUAAUUAUAAAUUAAAUGGUAAUUAUCCUUAUGAAGAUUUAAUUAUUUAUGAAAUGGGAGGUGGUAAUGGUACAUUAAUGUGUAAUAUAUUAAAUUAUAUUAAACAAAAUCAACCUGAUGUUUAUUCUCGAACUCAAUAUAAGAUUAUAGAAAUUUCAAGUCAAUUGGCUGUAAAACAAUUAAAGAAUGCAUUAAAUAAUAAAUUAAUAGAUAAUAAUCUUGAUACUUCUAAAUUAGAAAUCAUUAAUAAAUCCAUAUUUAAGUGGGAAAAAGUUGUUAAUGAACCAUGUUUCUUUAUUGCUUUAGAAGUAUUUGAUAAUUUUGCUCAUGAUAUAAUUAGGUAUGAUAAUAUUACUGGUCAACCUUAUGAAGGUCAAGUAUUAAUUGAUAAAAAUGGUGAUUUUUAUGAAUUUUUUACUCCUGAAUUAAGUUAUUAUUCAGAUGCUUAUUUACAUUUACGAGAAAAUGGAGAAUAUUCAGUAUUAAAACAAUCAGAAAGAAUGGUAGGUAAAUGGGAAACUUUUAAAAGUUUAAUUCCAUUAUUAACAGAUAAAGAUAAAAUUCAUCCAUUAUUACAUUCAUCAUCAAAAUUAAGAUGGCAAAAUUCUUUAUUCCCAUUUAAAGAUAAUCUUACUCCACCAGAAUUUAUACCUACAAGAUUAUUACAAUUUUUUCAAAUUUUAAAGCAUAAAUUUCCUAAUCAUUCUUUAAUUAGUUCUGAUUUUCAUUAUUUACCAAAAGUUAUGAAAGGUAGUUAUAAUGGUCCUGUAGUUCAAACAGUAGUUAAGGAUAAAACAGUUGAUGUUAGUACUUAUAUGUGUUAUCAAGGACUUUUCGAUAUAAUGUUUGCUACUGAUUUUGGAGUUGCAGCUGAUUUAUAUCGACAAGUAACUGGAAAGAUUGCUAGAGUUGAAUCACAUAAACAAUUUCUUGAACAAUGGGCUGAUAUUGAAGCAACCACUACCAAGGCUGGAGAAAAUCCAAUGUUAGAUUUUUAUAAGAAUGUCAGUUUUAUGGUUAGUUAAAUUAUAGUUUUAAUUAUUGAAUCUAUCAAUCUAAUUGUAAAUAAAAUCAAUAAUGAAUUACAUGUAUAUAAAAAUUGAUGAAUUUUUCAAAUAUAUUUAUAUUCCUAAUAUAUCUAU